AUGGCAGAUUCAAGCACACGAAUGAAUGCGGACAGUCCCUGCACGACCUCGCAUGAGCACGUUGCAACCGUAGUCGAAAGACCAGCCGCUACGGUUCCUCGACAGCGAAUCGAGGAACAAAACCGGCGCACAACUCUUUCAUAUCGCUCUGAGCUCAUGGUUGUCGAAUCAGACAGUGCGCUUGGCCUCCCUACGGGUGCGAUGUCUGACCAUGACAUACGACCCGACUCACUUUGUAGCCGCCAACAUGAUGAAGUCGGUACAUCCCGAAACAUCGAGACACAGACUACAGCAGCUUCUUGCUUUCAUGGCUUUAGCUUUGCUACUUGCGACGAAGAUGAAGACGCUGAAGGCGAGUUAGAUUAUUCCUUUGCAUCCGGAACCUCGUUCUGGGAGACGAAUCCCGGUGACACGACGGCCAACACUGUAGACACACUAGACUAUGAUGACAAUCCUGUACCUCUACUGGGUAGAGACGGAAACUGGAGAGGAACAUUGCCAUCAGAGAAGACUGCCAUAGAACAUGACGCGCAGUCGCAACGUAGCAGACUGGAGCUUUCUUUACAAUUAGAUCAUACUACAGACCAAGAAAAUAUCUGCUGGCCGACUGCUCUACACAGUGCUCCUUAUCACGGAACUCGUCGCCGGCGAGCGGAAAGUAACACGCGCGCUAUCAACGUCGAAAAGUCUGCUUCAGCUAACAGACCAAGGGAGACGUUUGCAGAAGCUGAGCCGCGUUCGGACGGCCCGAUGAGCACGUCAGUCCAAGCAAGCAAGAAAGCAAAAUUGGAUGGUCACAAGCGAACCAAACAGCUUCGAUCGAGCACGAAAGCGAAGCUCGGCAAGGACUUCAGCUCGGAGUACCAGCUAGAGAACGUUCAUGCAAGUAGCAAAGUCGAUAACAUCGCUUCUUCCAAGAUCGUUUCGUCACCUGCCUCUGCGAAGGGCCGGUACAGAUUGAAGAAAAAGGAAAAGGUGCCCAUCCUUAGCCUCGCGGAACUUCUCACGCCGCCGCCAAACAAGUCUGAUCCUCAAUCCGACGAAGCAGUCCACGGAUCUACAGAAGGGAAAGACGACUUUUCUGUAGACACUGUCAAGAGUGAGGGUGACAAUUACCAAGAUCUGCCUGUCCAUGCGGAGGAGAACAAUACCAGUACUGACGGAAGAAAAGAGCCAAACUCUUCGAGGCCAGAACACGACUUGAUGAACGACGGUCAGGUAAAGUUUGACGAAUCCGAGGCAAAGACAGGGCCCGAAGUGGCGCCAAAGACUGAGCCUGAACAGUAUUUCCUUGUAGCGCCAAGACGAGAGCGACGACCACGCACUUUCCCGCACCAUUGGGAGAUUCAUCCCAAAUUUCCCUUGUUGUACCAACGAUACUCUGUUCCGUCUUCUGUCAGCCCAGAAGUGCUCGAGAUGCUUCUUCGACAUCUCAACAUUGCAAACGUCAGCCGCGAAUUCCGCGAGAUUGUCAAUCGGGCUCGGAAGAGUCAUGGCAUCUUUAACAAGCCUCGCUCAAUUUUGGAUCUCUACACGCCGCGCUUUGUCAAAGGCGUAGGAGCUCAAAAAGUGGGCAUGUGUCCCGUGUGCUAUGAGGAUGGCAAAGUUAAUUUUUUUAAGACCAAGUUCUCAGCCUAUAAUUAUCACCUGCAAAACUUCCACGGCAUCUCGGCUCUUACUGGGCUACCCUUCGUGCCACCCUCAUGCUUUCAGACCAAACAUUGUCGCAACUACAGACCCAAUGAGCGCGCCUCGAUCAUUCAGGGUCUCUGCCACAACUGUCAUAAGUGGAUCGAUAUGCAAGGUCCUAAGGAAACCGAUCUCAAGGUUCCCGAGAUCUUCUGGUGGAAACACGCGCAGGUGUGCCAUCGAAAAUCGUCUACGCCACUCGGAGUGGGGGGUUUCUUUGUAGAGAAUGACUGGUUCAAUAGGGUGUGCAGCGUGUUGGAGCUCCUCGACGGUAUCGAAGGCGAAGUGAAGAAGUUGCAGGCUGGCAACGAGUAG